UUUCUUUUCUUUCACCCAGCACACAGCAAGAAGAAACUGCGUAGUUCAUUUUCACUCUCCAAACGUUUUACUUGUAAUUGCCUACUUUUUCGCAGUUUUAGUUGGAAUAUUUCAAAUAUUUCAAAUUUUGAUAGUGAAAAUAAUUAAUACAUACAAAUUUACUGCUAUGAAUCCAUCAUCAUCAUCUCGAGCCGCCACGGAAGGGCAGGAAAGUGUUAAUUCUUCUUAUUCUUCUCCGAGGAGGGUGGGUCCUUUUCUGCUUGGUCCCAAAUUCGACUCCCCCCCUGCCAAAUGUGUGACCCACUUCCUGGCCAGGAGGGAAGGGACACAAGACUUUUUUACCGUUAAGGUAUUGACCAUUGCUGAGCCAGCGGUUGUCGAGUCGACGGACGACAUGUAUGGGAAAAUCCUCCUCCGCACCGAGUACAAUUUGUUACGGCGACUGGAAGGUCUGAACGGUGUCCCGCAGGAGUACGGGAUGAUCCAGGAUCAUGCCGAAGAUGAUGGACGAAUGGUGGAUAUAAUCUGCCUCGUUUUAGGAUGUUACAUGCCCCACAAUUACUCCAGGAAAUGCGCCUCUCUUUUAUAUCUACAACAAUUCGUUAUUCAAGAAAAGAAGUUGGAGGAAUCCAUGGCAAUUAAGAUCUUGUGUAAUGUUGUCAAAGUUGUGGAGGCCUUGCAUCAGCGACAUAUUGUUCAUCGGGAUAUCAAAUUGGGAAAUAUCGUCGUAGAUAAAAACACCCUGGAGGUAACGAUAAUUAAUUUUGGUUUAGCGAAAUAUGUCACGGCGCAAGAUGAACUAUUGCUGGACCAGUGCGGAUCUCCAGCCUACGUGUCGCCUGAGGGGAUAAGUAAGAAACCAUAUGCUGGUAAACCAUCAGACAUGUGGUCGUUGGGUGUCGCCUUGUAUACUAUGCUUUAUGGGAAGUUCCCAUUCUUCGAUGUCAGCCCGCGUGAGCUGUUCAAGAAAGUUCAGGGCGGAGUGUUUGAUAUUCCGACCGUGGGGUUUACAGUGUCCGUGGCGACGAUCAAAUUACUGAAGUCGCUCCUUGUCGUGGACCCGCAAGCAAGGCCAACGGCGUCUGACAUAUGGACGCUGCUAAAUAACAAAAUUAGUGCGGAAGAAGCCUUGCUGGAAGGGCCACAGAUCGUGCCGACCAUGGAUGACGAUGACUAUCAACCCCGCAUUAGGCAAUCCGUGUCAUUUCCGGUAAUGAGUGACGCAGAAGUCGAGACGGCUCUGGAGGUGCGAGCAACCACUUCCUUUACGAUAAGAAUCCUACAAUGGCUACAAUCGGAUUCUCAGCCUCCUCCUCAACCAUCGGGCCCACACGUCAACACGACUGUGAUUCCGUCCGGGAAUGUGCCUUCCGUCAACGUGGCGACAAAUCAGGAGCGAGGAACCCCUACGACUACUCAGACGACGCCACCAUCUAUCGCCCGUCGAGCGGCUCGCGCCGUGCUGGUUGCCACACGAAGGCGUAUAAGGAAUUUGCACGUCGCUGUAAGAAAUGUUCGCCUUUGGAGAAUUAUGACGCCCUUUCCUUUCAGUCGUAAUAAAGAGGAUGGUGCUUCCACGUCAGGAUCAUCGGCCAACACACAAAUUUAGUGCCUUGGAACACCUGUGUAUUCUUGGUUCACUAACAUUUUACGAUUAUUACGUAGAAAUAAUAGUUGUAGGUAGUACGCAAAGUAGGAGAAAUUAGUUUUAGUUGUAAAUAUUUAAAAAUUGGACUAAUCUAAGCUACGAUGAAGGGACUUAGUUUUGAUAAUUAUUGUAUUUAGAGUUAUGAAAAAUGUUUGUGUUCAUUUACUAUUUAUGAACUUUAUUUGUAAUAUUUUUUGUCACGAAAGUCAGCCAAGCUCGUAAGUAUUUAUACGAAUAAAAUAAUUCUAGUUCGAAAUUGUUUGGAAAAAGUUGUAAAUAGGAAAAAAGUAUGUCGUCCGAUAAACUAUAUUUUGAAAACUAGACUGCUUUAAAUACAUGAUAAAAGUUUAA